GAGGGGGCCCGAGGGGUGGGGCUGGCGCAGCAGCUGGCGCAGCUCAGAGCCGGAGAGCAGCCGCCACCGCCGCCGCGGUGCCGCUACGUUUCCCCCUCCUCUCCCCCCCCUCCCUCCCCGAGCCCGGGGCUUCCUCCCUUCCUCGGGCCCCGGCCCCCGGGUGCUGCAGCAGCGGCGGUGCCUUUCCUGGCUGCCCCGCGGGGAGCGUCGCCCGGGGCCCCGUGAGCUCUUUCUGCCCCACAGGAUGGGCACGGUGCUGUCUCUGUCGCCCGCUUCCUCGGCCAAGGGCCGGCGGCCGGGCGGGCUGCCCGACGAGAAGAAGAAGCCGCAGCAGUCCGCGGGGGAGGAGUCGCUGGCAGGCUACGGGCAGCUGCCGUCGGGCAAGGGAAGCAAGGGCGAGAGCCGCCUGAAGCGGCCGUCAGUUCUCAUCUCGGCGCUCACCUGGAAGCGGUUGGUGGCCGCGUCCGCCAAGAAAAAGAAGGGCAGCAAGAAGGUGACGCCCAAACCCUCCCAGGCGGGCCCAGACUUACUGGUCCAGCAGCGCAACCGAGAGAACCUUCUCCGCAAGGGCCGGGAGCCCCCCGAUGGCGGCGGCGCCGCCAAGCCCCUGCCCGUCCCCGUGCCCACAGUGCCCACCGCCGUCGAGCAGCCCUCCGGAGUCGGCGUCUCGGCUCCGCCGGGGUCAGGAGGGGGGGGAGGGAAGCCGCCGCCGCCGCCGCCGCCGGCGGCGGCCCCGCAGGCUCCCUCCGUCCCGGGGGGUUCCCCCCGACGGGUCAUCGUGCAGGCCUCCACCGGCGAGCUGCUGCGCUGCCUGGGCGACUUCGUGUGCCGGCGCUGCUACCGGCUGAAGGAGCUGAGCCCUGGGGAGCUGGUGGGCUGGUUCCGAGGGGUGGACCGGUCCCUUCUGUUGCAGGGCUGGCAAGACCAGGCGUUCAUCACCCCGGCCAACCUGGUGUUCGUGUACCUGCUGUGCCGGGAGGCGCUGCGCGGGGACGAGCUGGGCUCGGCCGCCGAGCUGCAGGCCGCCUUCCUCACCUGCCUCUACCUCGCCUAUUCCUACAUGGGCAACGAGAUCUCCUACCCGCUCAAACCUUUCCUGGUGGAGCCCGACAAGGAGCGCUUCUGGCAGCGCUGCCUGCGGCUCAUCCAGAGGCUCAGCGCGCAGAUGCUGCGGCUCAACGCCGACCCCCACUUCUUCACCCAGGUCUUCCAGGACCUCAAGAACGAGGGCGAGGUCGGCAUCGGGGCUGGGGGUCCCGCGGGCGGUGGCGCUGCCAACGCCAGAGACAGCAGCGCCGGAGCCAAGCACUGGACUAUGAACCUGGACCGCUAGGAGGCGAGGCUGAUGCCGCCUCCGCCGAGGGGCACCUGGGCCGGAGACAGGGGGCGACCGGGCCCCCUCCCCCCUCCCCCGGACACAGCCACGGAGCCCCCGGGACGCCGCCGCCGCCGCCGCCGUCGCCACUGCUGCUGCUUCUCCAACCCCCUGCCCCCGCCCCUCCACCGAGGAGAUACCACCACCCACUGGAGUAUGGCGGAUAGGACACCUGGGUCCUGCUGGUCUUUGGAUUUGCGGAGGGGGGAGGGAGAGCUGAGCAGCGGGAGGGUGAGGGGAAGAGUUGGGAAGAGGAAAUGGGAGAGGGAGAACGGAUUCUCUCUUCUGCCUGUGGUCUCUCCAUCGCUUUCUCUGUCCAAUUCUCCUCCUGUCUGUAUAGAUGUUUCUAAAUAUCCAUUUCUCCUCUUACCUGUCUGCUUUAGUCUCUGCCCCUCUCUUUCUCUAUUUGAGGGUGUCUCUGUCCAUUUUUCUCUUCUGUCUGUUUCUUUUCUCUCUUCCUAUUUGUAUCUGUUUGUGUCUGUCCGUUUCUCCUGCUAAUGAGUCUCUGCCCUUCUUAUCUCUGUCCAUCCCCUCUUCUGUCUAUACGAGGGUCUACCACCCCGUCUAUGUCUCUUUUCUCUCCUCCUAUUUGUACCUAUUUGUGCUUGUCCAUCUCUUCUUCUGCUUAUGUGUAUCUUUGCCCUUUUCUCCUGUGUGUGUCUCUAUUCAUCCCUUCUCCUGCCCCUUUCUGUUCAUUUCUCCUGUCCAGAAAGAUGCUUGUUUCUUUUCUAGAAGUAUGUCUCUAACCAUCUGUCCUAUCUGGAAGUAUAUGUGUCCAUCUCUCUUGUUUAUGUCAGUUUUUAUUUCCCUCCUCCUCCUGUCUGCAUGUGUGUAUGUCUCUGUCCAACUUUCCUCUUAUCUGUUUCCUGUGUGUGUGUGAGUGAGUGAGAGAGAGAGAGAUCUGCGCCUUGUAUGCCCCUUAGUCCAUCUCUUCCUCUUUUCUGGACAUAUGACUGCCCCUCUCUGUGAUUAUCUCUUCCCCUUUUCUCCAUGUGUUUUUCUCUGCCCACCUUUUCUCAUGUCUACAAGAGUCUCUGAUUCUCUGUUCCUUCUCCCCUACCCACCCCGUUUCCUCUCCCCUCUCUGUGGAAGAAGAUUGGAUUGAUUGUGGUUUGGGGCUGUCUCUCCUGCAGCAGAAAGUUGCGGUCUUGGGAGCUAAACCACCAGGAUGCCCCUUGUUCUCUCCCCACCUUUUCUGACGCGGUGCAUGCCGGGAGAGGGGGGAGGUGCUGCGGGAUGAGGGAGUUGGGUUGGGGGGGGGGGAGAUUCCACCCCGAGUCCUGGGUAGGGUGGAUUGGGAGAGGCCCCGGCGCAGCUCAGCAGAAAUGGAGGAAGGGAGAGAAAGAAAACUCUUCUCACUUUAGAAGAGGCCUUCCCCCUUUCUCAGCUCCCCUUUCGACCCCUUUCCCCUCUUUUUAUUUAUUUGGAUGUUUUCAGGGAGUGAUCCCUGGGGGAGGGAAGGGGAGGGAGAGGGCUGGCCGGUCGGGAGCUGUCCGAGGUGCUGAGCUGGGGCCUAGUUUCCUGGGGGAGGGGGCCUGAGGCCUGAUUGGGCCUGGAGGCCGUGUCCAACGUGCCAAUGUUGCGUACCGAAGGCGCGGGCUGAACAAUCUGUCUGUCCCUGAGGGAGCUAUAAAGCGCUGGAAGCGCCUGCAGAAGUCUU